AUGACAUACCUGACCUACUGCAUUAAAAACUGCAAGAAAUCUAUGUUCGCAGACGAUUUAAAGUUAUACAAGAUUGUCAAAUCCCCUGCUGAUGCAAAUCUCAUACAAGAGGAUUUAAAUGCAAUAGAAGAGUGGUGUUUUAAAAAUUCUAUGACUCUCAACGUAAAAAAGUGUUACCAUAUUAAAUUUAGCAAGAAGAAGAAGCCGCUUGUCACAAAGUAUGAGUUGGGCGGCGCGAUUAUAUCCGAGUUAGAAGUAGUACAAGACCUUGGUGUUACAAUAGACUCUAAAUUAAAGUUUACGACGCACGUGAAUAAUAUAGUUGCCAAGGCUGCUAAGACUUUAGGCUUUCUAAGACGGAACACCCAAGACUUCAAACUUAUACAAACAAAACAGAUGCUAUAUAAUGCUUUCGUGCGUAGCCAACUCGAAUAUGCGAGUGUUGUUUGGAAUCCGUUGUACGCGGUGCAGUCGCAACAAGUUGAGGGUAUCCAACGAAGCUUCACACGUCAUUUAGCAUUCCAUGCAAGAGGAUUUUCACAUCGUAGUCCAUACACUCAAAGGUUAAAACACUUUAAUAUGAUGUCACUUAAAUCAAGAAGAGAGGUAUUAGAUACAUGCUUUCUAUAUAAGCUUCUAAAUGGUUCACUUCAUUGCCAACAGCUGCUUGAGAAUGUGUUCUUUUCGGUGCCUAGACAAAACGCACGCGGCACUAACAAGCUCUUUCACGUCCCCAGGUGUAGGACAAAUCUCGGCCAGCACUCGCCACUAAACAGGAUAUGUUCUGGAUAUAACAGAUUACUUGAAAAACAAACUACAAAUAAUAUAGAUCUCUUUGGCACGAACUUUAACUCUUUCAAAAAAAUUAUUAAAACUUAUUUCAGUAUGCAUAAUCUAUAG